AUGAACAACACUGUCUGGUUGACAAAUGCUUCUGUCCAUUCCAACAACUCAAUUGCAGUGCUUUCAGAAAAGGGAGACCCUACUCUUAAAGAUAGUGUCUCUGGAUUGACCUUAUUGGAGAGCUUUAAUUAUCCGUGUGAAACUUUUUUAGCCCUGCAUGAUGCUAGGACUGAACACAAAAACCGGAGAGAAACACUUCCCAUCUUCCUGGAAGACAGAAGACGACCCAUUGCCUGGAAAGGAAGUGUGUACCUCACAUUGGGCGCUUAUAACAACUCUUCUGUCAGCAUUGUGGUCUUAGCAUCGGCAGGAACUGUGAACAUAAUGCGCUGGGAUGAACAAGUCAAGAGAUGGCACGUUGGUUGGACUGUACCGGUGCAUCCAUGUGAUACUUAUGGGGUAUGUGGACCUUCAGGGCUUUGCAAUAGAGAUCAAUCUCCAAAUUGUGAGUGCUUUAAAGGGUUUGUACCAAAUUCAACUGAAGAUUGA